AUGAUGAUAAGUAAAAACGCGCCCGAAGGGGAAAAACCUGAAAGAUUAAAAGGUUUUCAAAUCAAAACGAAUAAACUACAAACACGUGAAUUUUCUAGAAUAAGAGAAAUAAAAGGAGAUGUCAUGUCGUUAGAAAAACCUGUUGGAAAAUUUAAAAUGAUAACAUUAUGUACACAAAUAAAAAAGUCUAGAAGAAAAAGAAGCAACACUGAAGGAUUGGGUAUGAAAACUUGGAGAGGGAGAAACUUGAUGGAUGGAAACACUCAAAAUUAA